UGUGUACUUUGUCCCGGCAGCAGGAAAUGGCGGCGAGGAGCUGCAGCUUCAGUCUGUGAGUAAACUCUAAAUUAGUUUAGAGAUUCUGAAGGAUUGAAACAGCUGGAAGUCCUGAGUGUUGAAGCCGCGCUGACGCCUCGUUGAAGCCUCAUGACGGAGAACAGACAUUAUGGAUCCUUCAUCAGAAACCUCCUCCUCUUCAUCACCUGCUCCUCUUCCUCGUCUGUCUCUCAGGAGUCCCGCGCUGCAGGCUGAGUUCCUACAAAAGCGUCGGAACAAGUUUGGUUCUCAGAGCGACGAAGAAAUCUCCUCCUCUUCCUCUCUGAGCAGCGGCCAGAGACCAGACAUCAUGGAGCCUUCAUCAGAAACAUCUUCCUCUUCAUCUCCUCCUCUUCCUCGUCUGUCUCUCAGGAGUCCAGCGCUGCAGGCUGAGUUUCUACAAAAGCGUCAGAACAGAGCCCGAUCUCAAAGUGACCUCGCUGAAUCCAGCGCCGUCUCCUCCUCUUCCUCACCUGCUCCUCCUCCUCGUCUUUCUCUCAGGAGUCCAGCGCUGCAGGCUGAGUUUCUACAAAAGCGUCAGAACAAAGCCCGAUCUCAAAGUGACCUCGCUGAAUCCAGCGCCGUCUCCUCCUCUUCCUCACCCUCCUCCUCUUCCUCACCCCAGCCCUCGCCCUCCUCCUCUUCCUCACCCUCCUCCUCUUCCUCACCCCAGCCCUCGCCCUCCUCCUCUUCCUCACCGAGCCACGACAAAAGACAAG